UCGUUUUGUGGUCCGAGAACUAUUUCUCGGUUGCACAAAAUACGUCACAAAUUCAGGAUAUCGAGAUUCCGUACUCUACAAGCGGGCAAGAGAAUGCGAUCGAAGAAGGCAAUACGAGAAGGCGGGGUUGGUUCAAAGUACGCCUCAAUCUCAGGUUCCAUGAGUAUACCAUGCGGGUGCACGAGUAUUCCAUGAGGGUGCAUAAGUAUUUUACGAAGCCGCAUGAUCUUCAUGUAAAGCGCCUUGGCUGAUGAUUGAGUUCGGCCUCGGGGAAUGAAACGGUUUUAUCAAUCAAGCAGUGCAUUCGGUGGUCCGAAUCGGAUAUCCGUAGAGUCAACCAAUAAUGUAUCAAUCCACUAUCUAAAGGCAACCGCCAGUCUUACAAAGACAAAGAAUCCCGCAGCACGGCAAACGUACAUUCUUUGGACAGUUCACUCCUUCCAAAAUGAUGGAAGAGGCAGAGUCCUCCCAAUCGCAAAGAGGCAUCGGCUUCUGGCUGGCCUUUGGCGCUGUUUUGAUCACCAACCUCGCAUCUGCAUUGGAUGCAACGACUUUGUCCGUCGCUUUGCCCGCCAUUUCCAACGAUAUCGGUGGAAAAUCUGUGGAAGCCUACUGGGCCGGUACAUCGUAUCCCUUAGCACAGUCUGCAUUGAUGCUGUUAUGGGUGUCACUAAGUCAGUGUUUUGGUCGACGACCAGUCCUGCUCCUCACGCUCGCGAUUUUCGGACUUGGCGCAAUACUGGCAGCUGUUGCGCAUGGCUACCCCCUCCUUCUUGCUGGAAGAACAGUACAGGGCAUCGGUGGGGGCGGCAUCGUAGGUUUGACUACGGUCAUUAUCACAGACCUUGUACCGCUCCAUGAGCGUGGGCAAUUUUAUGCUUUGGUAUCUGCGAUUUGGGCUCUGGGCUCUACAACAGGCCCAAUCAUCGGAGGCGCCCUCGCUGUUGUCAAUGAAUGGCGUUGGAUCUUUUGGCUAAACCUACCUAUUGUCGGGAUCGCCUUUCUGGGUAUCUCCAUCUUCCUCAAGCUGAACAUACGCAGUCGUUCCACGAAGGAAAAGCUUAAAGAGCUUGACUAUCUUGGCACUACUCUUUUUAUAGCAUCCAUCACAUCAUUUUUGAUGGCAGUGACUUGGGGAGGCACUCAAUAUCCAUGGAGCUCCUGGCGGACACUCGUUCCUCUACUGCUCGGAGCAGCAGGCUUGAUCGGAUUUUGUGUCUGGGAGGCGAUGACUUCUGGCGCAACAUUGAUACCUAUGUCAAUUUUCCUGGAUCGCUCUGCGGCCAUACUCUAUCUAGGGUCAUUUUUUCAUGGCAUAAUACUAUGGUCAUUGGUAUACUACAUGCCUGAGUAUUUCCAGUCGGUCAAGGGCUACUCUGCAGUCAUUUCAGGUGUGGCAGCGCUGCCCCAGACUCUUACCGUUGUACCCUGUGCGGUCGGUGUUGGUAUCAUAGUCGGAAAGACUGGGAGAUAUCGAUGGGCCAUCUGGCUUGGCUGGGGUCUGACAACGUUUGGGAUGGGUCUACUCAUAUACCUCGAUGUAGACACAUCUGUACCGGCCUGGAUAUUUCUCGGGAUGGCCUCUGGGCUUGGUGUCGGACUGUUGUUCCCAUCCAUCGCACUGGCUGUUCAAGCGUCCACGCCGCCCGAGGAGGCUGCAAUGGCCUCUACUUUAGUACUGUGGUUCCGAGGCUUUGGACAAACUCUUGGUGUCGCCAUUGGGGGUACCAUCUUCCAAAACCGCUUUCAAGCCGAAUUGAGUAACGUGAGUGGGUAUCCAGGACAGGAUACUAGCACAGCUGCCAACGAUGUUGUGCGCUUAAUUGAUCAGAUGAGACAUCUACCCGCCAAUAGCGUGCAACUGGACCAGCUGAGGCAAGCUUUUUCUUCUUCCUUCAAGGUCAUCUGGGCCGUUAUGUGUGCUUUCUCGGGCAUUGUUUUUAUCGCUUCGUUUUUCAUCAAAGAAUACUCUAUGAAGCAGGAUCACCUAACUGAACAAGGCUAUCGGGGCAAUGGCGAGCGACCGGAAUCAAAGGAGAAAGCAUUGAAACAGCAGAAUUGAAACCAAGCAAUGAGUAUGAACAACAGUGGAGCUAGCGCGGCAUCUUCUCUUGUGUCAAUGUAUUAUAGGCAGGCGAAAACUGCAGUAGUCUAGGCUUUACCGUCACAUUUGAUAGGGUUUCUCUCCUUUGAUGAGAUUCCGCUCGGAUACGGUAAUUAUCGAUAUUCAUGAGAAGGAAUAUAUAAAACAUUACAAAUCUGUAAUGCCUCU